AUGGCCCUCAACAAGCUCUCAAUUGAUAAGCUAGAUUUGUCCGGUAAACGUGUCCUCAUCCGUGUCGACUUCAAUGUGCCGCUGAAAGAGGGGAAAAUCACGAACAAUCAACGAAUUGUUGCCGCCGUUCCAACGAUUAAGCAUGCCCUCGAUCACGGAGCAAAAAGUGUCGUUCUGAUGUCGCAUUUGGGCCGACCCGAUGGACGACGACAAGAGAAAUAUACUUUGAAACCGGUUGUUGAUGAAUUGAAAGGGUUGCUUGGAUGGAUCGGUGAUUCUUCUCGAAAAUCUUCGUUUCCAUUUGGAAGAGGAAGGAAAGGAGUCAACGAAGCCGAAAUUCCGGAAUCGUUGACGAAAUUGGGCGAUGUCUACAUCAAUGACGCGUUCGGGACGGCUCAUCGAGCUCAUAGUUCAAUGGUUGGCUGCAAGUUGGACCAGCGAGCCACCGGUUUCUGCAUGAAGAAAGAAUUGGAGUACUUCGCGAAAGCUUUGGAUCAACCAGCUAGGCCAUUUCUUGCGAUCCUUGGUGGAGCUAAAGUCGCCGACAAGAUUCAACUCAUCAAUAAUCUCCUGGAAAAGGUGGAUGAAAUGAUCAUCGGUGGCGGGAUGGCGUUCACGAUUCUCAAGGUUUCAAAGGGCGUUUCGAUUGGAAAAUCGCUUUUUGAUGAAGAGGGAGCCAAGAUUGUGCCCGAAUUGCUGAAGAAAGCCGAAGAGAAAGGAGUGCAAAUCCAUCUUCCCGUUGAUUUCGUUGUCGCCGAUUCAUUCAGUGAGACAGCCGAACACAAAGUGACCACACUUGCUGAUGGAGUGCCGGAAGGAUAUAUGGGACUUGAUGUUGGACCCGAGUCAUCAAAGCUUUUUGGAGAUGUUGUGAAGAGAGCCAAGACAAUUGUGUGGAAUGGACCGGCUGGAGUCUUUGAAUGGGCCAACUUUGAGAAGGGCACGAAAGACUUGAUGGAUGCGGUGAUCGAGGUGACAAAAACGGGAGCGGUGACAAUCAUUGGAGGAGGAGAUACGGCCACUGCGGCCAAGAAGUACGAUGCUGAGGACAAGGUUUCCCACGUUUCAACCGGUGGUGGUGCCUCAUUGGAGCUUCUCGAGGGUAAAGUUCUUCCCGGUGUUGAUGCCCUUUCUUCCGCG